AUGAAAACACUUCUCUUUGUACUCUUUGCUUGUGUACAAGCCGAAGACCUUAUGUUGUACGACGAUGGGUCGUUUUAUGAAGAAUUUGGGGUGGUGAAUCCAGACAACUUAAACAUCACCUGCGUCUACACAAAACGCUCUAAUUGGGUUGCUGCGACAAUGAAACCAGGCAAUAUGCUUGUCUUUACACGAAAUGGGACAAUCAGCACUAAAAUAGAAGACAAAGACAAGUACUAUAAAUCUAUUAGGUUCAUGGUCAGAUUUGACGAUAGUGGUGAUGUGAAAUAUCUCCCACUCAAUGUGAAAGUUUUUAACCAGACUUUCGAUGAUUUAUACAACCAAAACUUACUCAACAGUAAUGAGGGGUACACCGUCAAGAUCAAGAAAAACAACAGCCAGAAAAUGACAAUUAAAUUGGACAACUUCAAUCUAGAUGGCGGUGUCUCGACAAUCAUUUUUACAAGAACUGGAAACGAAGAACAAGAAUACGACUUUCUAAUUGAUCAACUCCGACUCGACACCAAAAAUUCUCAAAACGAAGAAUAUGAAACGGAAAAUGGAGUUUCAUCAUUCUUUGUCAGCUGUGUUGUUAUUCUUCUACUCUCCUUGUUCUAA